AUGGCUUCUCGAUAUCCUGCAAAGCCGACCCUCGAGGAAGCUUCAACCCUGGCACAAUCCGAAAGGCCAAGUCCGAAGCACGAAUUCGAGGGACAUAAGAACGCCAUUCAGGCUUUCGUCUUCUUGCACGACGACGUCCACGUCGUGAGUGCUUCAGGGGACGGCACGUUGCGCAAAUGGAACUGCGACACGGGACUUCCUGUCGGAAAACCAUGGAAAGGCGAGGGAGGGAUCAUAUAUACACUGGCACUUUCACCGAACGGGAAGACGAUUGCGUGCGGGAGGGAGGACGGAAGUGUUCAGCAAUGGAGCACGCAUGGAGAGUUUAUCAAAGGCGCAUGGAUGGGUCAUAGUGGUGGGGUGCGGUCGCUCUCGUGGUCACCCAGCGGAGGCCAGCUUGCAAGUGGGUACAGCAAUGGAACAAUCCUCAUUCGAAACGCAGAAGGCGGAGAAGUCGAGUUGCGCCUGGAGCAGGACACCCUGGACAGGGUGUUUACUCUUGCAUAUUCGCCUUCGGGAGACAGAAUUGCAUCAGGCGGAUCGGACGGAAUCUGCAUCUGGGACAGCAAGACCGGCGAGCCUGUUAUUCGCCCUAUUAGUGAUUCUGAACUCAUUGGAGUCAAUAUUGUGACCUCAUUGGUGUGGUCAUCGGAUAGCAGCAAGCUCUAUUCCACAUCCGACAACUUCGCACGUGUAUUGGACAGCAGCUCAGGCAAGGUACUCCAUCGCUUCAAGCACGAUAAUAUCAACUUGAAUCACCUGUCGUCCGUCGCACUUUCACCCAAACACAAUGUCCUAGCGUACGUGGGCCAUCAAGGUAUCGCACAGCUCUGGGACACAGUGUCCCAUAAGCCGCUCUGUGAAGAUCAUAAAGACCUUCGCUGUGUGUCGUUCUCUCCAGAUGGGACAUACCUGGCAUAUGGCGGAGACAACAACACACUCACUCUGUGGAUGGUCAAAGACAUAGUUCCCAAGCUUCCAGGACCCAUACCUCAACAAGACCACAGACAAGGGACACCUGAGCAAGGAACUGAACCCGAGUCUCCAUCAUCAUCAUCUCACCUUGACGCUGAUGCUACGGGGGGUGAUGGUAUCAUUGAGGAGGUUCACGACGACCCAUAUGACAAUUUUUUCCAGUCUUCCCAGAAAUCUCUUCCGUUGGGAUCAUCUAGCCCCCACCUGUCCUCGGCUCGCCGCUUCUGGAACACCAUCUCUCGACACCGCCUGCCAGCAAAUGAGUCCACUCCAGAAGAACGCCCCAAGCGCAGUUUCUUCACUCGUCGCGGCCGCACAAACUCGUCCCUAGAGCCCGCAGCCAUGGAACACAACCAACCAAUACCAAAAGCAAAGGUUCUGGCAGGAGAAGGAGACGAGGGAGGUGAAAUUGAUGAUUCCAGCAAGAAGUGUAAAGGCAAGCAGCGGGAAGAAUUUCUUGCCGAAGCGCAGAGCCCGCCGCACGAUAAUCCCGCUCCUCCUGCCGAGUUCGACAGCGAGGAAAAUCGCAACCUCUGGAAACGACUCAUGCGUGCUCGAGGGAAGGAUACUACACCCGCCGAAAUGGCUCCGGAAAAGUUGAGACGUCCCGAGGUCAUUGAGGUAUAUGCUGUGCGUGGAUUCCAGGGAAUUGUCGCAUUAACACCAAAACGCAAGAAAAAGUCGACGGCAGUGACGUGCAGCGCUCCUCUCGUUGAGGGUCCAUCGUCGCAAAUGGUCUGUGUACAGGCGAGGCUAUCAUCGCAGGCUAUGGUCGGCAACGGAGCUCAAUAUUCGCAAGCCACUGGAGGUUCAUCAUCGCUCACAUCCCCAUCACAGUUUGUCACCACCUACCCGCCCACCCGUCAGGACUCAGAUUCUGAUUCGAUACAAGGUUCCUGCAACAAGUUCCUCGACAAAAUAUGUUUUCCUCGCGGGCACUUCCACGACGACUGA